GGAGUAUUUUGUCCCGUGCCGAGCCCCCUCCUCCAGGUGCUGCGCGUUGCCAUGGCACUUUCCGCCCGGCUCCGGCCAGGGUGUGGGGAGGCGGCGCGGCCUUUGCUGGCCUGAGCCCGAGGGGCCGCAGCUUCUUGGGACCCGGUUCCUCCCUCGCUGGCCCACGCCCGGGGCAGCCCCGCUGCGCGCUCCCCCAGCUCCCGCCUCUAGCUGCCGCCUCCUGCUGGUUCCGUGGGCUCCGGCUCCGGCUGCGGUGGAAGGUGGCGGCGGGCGCUGCCCGGAGCUGCAGGCGGCGGCGGGGAAGAUGGCGGGGAACGGUGGGGGCUUCGCCGGCGCGGGAAGCGGGGAGAUCAUCCAGCUCAACGUAGGAGGCACCAGGUUCAGCACCUCAAGACAAACACUAAUGUGGAUUCCAGACUCCUUUUUUUCCAGUUUACUGAGUGGAAGAAUUUCAACACUUAAAGAUGAAACUGGUGCUAUAUUUAUUGAUAGAGAUCCAGCAGCAUUUGCACCCAUUUUAAAUUUUCUUCGUACAAAGGAGCUAGAUUUACGGGGAGUGAGUAUUAAUGUUCUCAGGCAUGAAGCUGAAUUUUAUGGAAUCACUCCUUUAGUAAGAAGACUACUCUUAUGUGAAGAGCUGGAACGCUCAUCAUGUGGCAGUGUCCUUUUUCAUGGCUACCUGCCUCCACCAGGCAUUCCCUGUCGUAAAAUAAACAGUACUGCUGGGCCAUGUAUUGAUGUUAGAACAGGUCAGAAUUACUCUGAAGGAAGUGAGGUCCGAGGAGGUAGUGUCCAAGCUACACUUGCUGGUACUGGGGAAGGCACAGUCAGGCUAGGAUUUCCUGUGGAUCCACGAAAGGUUCUGAUAGUAGCUGGCCACCAUAACUGGAUUGUAGCUGCAUAUGCCCAUUUUGCUGUUUGCUAUAGAAUCAAAGAAUCUUCAGGAUGGCAACAGGUUUUCACAAGUCCAUAUCUGGAUUGGACUAUCGAACGAGUGGCUCUGAAUGCCAAGGUCGUUGGAGGCCCACAUGGGGACAAAGAUAAGAUGGUUGCUGUUGCGUCUGAGAGUAGCAUCAUUCUGUGGAGCGUUCAGGAUGGCGGUAGCGGUAGUGAAAUUGGAGUGUUCAGUCUUGGAGUCCCUGUAGAUGCCCUCUUCUUCAUUGGCAACCAGCUAGUGGCUACUAGUCAUACAGGGAAGGUUGGAGUGUGGAAUGCUGUGACUCAGCACUGGCAGGUUCAGGAUGUUGUCCCUAUCACCAGCUACGAUACUGCUGGAUCUUUCCUACUGCUGGGCUGUAACAAUGGCUCUAUAUAUUACAUCGAUAUGCAGAAGUUUCCCUUGCGAAUGAAGGAUAAUGAUCUUCUCGUGACAGAACUUUAUCAUGAUCCCUCCAAUGAUGCCAUUACAGCACUCAGUGUCUACCUCACACCCAAGACAAGUGUAAGUGGUAAUUGGAUUGAGAUUGCGUAUGGCACCAGCUCCGGAGCAGUAAGAGUGAUUGUACAGCACCCUGAAACAGUGGGGUCAGGCCCUCAACUUUUUCAGACCUUUACAGUUCAUCGAAGUCCUGUUACAAAAAUCAUGCUGUCUGAGAAACAUCUUGUGUCAGUUUGUGCCGACAACAACCACGUUCGGACAUGGACAGUGACUCGAUUCAGAGGAAUGAUUUCCACACAGCCAGGGUCUACUCCCUUAGCUUCAUUCAAAAUCUUGUCCUUGGAGGAAACAGAAAGCCAUGGUAGUUACUCUUCUGGAAAUGACAUAGGACCAUUUGGAGAGCGUGAUGAUCAACAAGUAUUCAUCCAAAAAGUUGUUCCCGUCACUAAUAAACUCUUUGUCAGGUUGUCUUCCACUGGGAAAAGAAUAUGCGAGAUCCAGGCCGUAGACUGUACCACAAUUUCUUCGUUUACUGUACGAGAAUGUGAAGGAUCCAGUAGGAUGGGGUCAAGACCACGACGUUACCUCUUUACAGGUCAUUCAAAUGGCAGUAUUCAGAUGUGGGAUUUGACCACAGCGAUGGACAUGGUUAAUAAAAGUGAAGACAAGGAUGUAGGGGGUCCAACAGAAGAGGAGCUGCUUAAGUUGCUUGAUCAGUGUGAUCUGAGCACCUCACGCUGCGCUACUCCUAACAUCAGUCCAGCAACUUCAGUAGUUCAGCAAAGCCGUCUGCGGGACUCAAGCUCUAGCCUCCAGUUACAGCACCAUGAAACCAUCCAUGAAGCUGCUACAUAUGGCUCAGUAAGGCCAUAUAGAGAGAGUCCUUUAUUAGCAAGGGCAAGACGGACUGAGAGCUUUCACAGUUACAAGGACUUUCAGACUUUUAAUAUGAACAAUAGUAUGGUGGACAAGGCUGUCCCUGAGACUGGCAAUCUGAGUCCAGUACAAGCUGAAAUGAAGAAGGCAGCAGGUGAGAGCACUCCAACAGACAAAAAGGCAACAGUACUGGAAGUAAGAGCUACUAGAAUAUCAUCAGAUGCUGGGGCAGAAGGUCAGAAAGUGCCUGAAAGCUCUUCAGAAGUGAAGAAAAGAGGGCCAGAUGAUGAAAGUGAGAACAAAGUAGAGAAUAAAAAGAAAAGUGGAUUUGAUGGAGGAGGGUUUCUGGGAAGAAAGAAAGUACCUCCUCUGGUGUCUUCACCAAUUAUUGUGGAAGGAGGACCUGAAUCACCUGGUACAGCGUCCCCAUCACCCACAAAGACGACCACUUCUCCACGCCACAAGAAAAGUGACUCUGCCUGCCAAGACUAUAGCUUGUGAAAAUGCUAAGUUGUGUACAUUUGUUUUCAAGGGUUCCAAUGAAAGUUUAACACUUAACUGGAUGUAACUUUUUCACUACAGAUUUAUCAUUUUAAAAAGGCUUCAUUUGAGUGUGUCUAACUGAAAGAGUUAAAAUUGUAAUAAGUUUUCACAGUGCACCUCAACAACUUGGGUUUACAGCACAACCAGCAAACAUACUCUAAAUUGAUGUACUUCAUUUUCAUAUUGUAUAAAGCCAAACAGUACUUGGUACAAAACAUUGAUGUAAAAUCCUGUUUUAUGCAGUCCAGCAUACACUACACUAUUUGUCUUAGGAAGAGUUUUAUAGGUAACUUUCUAAGUCCCAUUACUGGACCUUACCUUUGAAAUCACCAAAACAUUAAAUGCCUGACCCCUGCUUACUGGCCAUUAAAGUUACCAUAAUUAUUAUUUGCAAUUCCUUGGAGUCACCCAUCUUGUCCUUUCACCUCCUUCAAGAUAAUAUAAAGUAGAAAAUUAGCUGGGUGCUAAAAGCUAUUUCAUCAAUUUGAAAAGCUUCUCUUGCUGAAGUUUGCCUUGAUUGUAGAGCGACUGUUUGUUUUUUCAGUAUUGAUAAAUUUGACAUUUAUGUGCUACAAUUCUUUUGUUUAUGAAACAAAUUCAAAAAGUCUUUAUGCUUACAGAUGUGCUAAAACAUUAUUUUGCAUAUCUUGGUCCUAAUAUGAAAAUGCACAGGAAUGUUAUUAUCUGUACUUUUCUGCUCAUUUCUCUUUGCAGAGCUUUCAAAUACCUGAAAUUAUAAACUAUAACCUCUUGUGGAGGGGGAAAAAAAGCAUGCAUUUUGCUGCUCAUUACUGUAUAUAACACUAAUGUCUAAGAAAUGGACUAAAUAUCUCUUGUUAGAAAACUUACUAGGCUAUUCACACAUUCCUCUUCUAAGUUUGCUGCUGUACAACAAUGCCAUAGUGGUGUUAUGCUCUUCCAGAUCAUGAGAGUUUCAGCCCUCAACCAGAAAUGCUGGAUUCAGGUCCCCCCACAUCUUCCUUACAGCAACAGUAGUACUAAACUUCAGUAAAAGUAGGGCAUGCAGAGUUAAGUCGAUACCGCCCAUACAACUUUAAUGUAUUUUUGUAAAGAUACACUGCUUUCCCAUAAUGUGGAGACUUUAGCUGGAAGUCACUGAGUUUUGCUAGUGUGAGGGUGUUUUUGGUUCUAGUUGCAGUCCUUAAUGCAUACGUCAAUUUCUUUGCAGACAGUUUCCAAGGACCUGAGACUCUGGUGUCUUGAACCAGGUAAGGCUAGGGCUUGUGAAAGGUGCCUGCUAUUUUGUUUGGUUAUGCACUAGGACAGACAUUUAGGAGCAGUGAUUUAUAAAGUUUUGGCUAUUUUUAAAUGCGUCGAGAUUUACAGAAAUGGAAAAACAAAUGAGCUAGAAUACCCUUUUCUCCUUCCUCAAAUUUUAGCUCUCUUUAAAGAGGAGGCUAAAAAUGAUUCUUUAGUAGAAUGCAGGGUUGUAGCCAUGUUGGUCCCAGAAUAUUAGGGACACAAGGUGGAUAUUAGGUGAUAUCUUUUAUUAGACCAACUUCUUUUGCUGAAAGAGACAAUCUUUCGAGCUACGCAGCGCUCUUCAUAGUAGAGUGUUAUAGCAUGUGGUUUUGGUUAUUACUCUUGCGCUUGAUGUCAUUUGCCAUAAAAUAUAGGGGAAAAAUUGGAUCCUCAGACUGAGGUCAGUGUAGUUCUGUGCUGAAAAAUUCAAAGUGGAAAGCCUUGUGUAUUAGGUGACAUCAUAUCAAAUAGGCUCAUUUUACAGUUAUUUUUGUAAAGUCAGCCUUGCAAGUUCACCCAGUGAGCUGAAAGUUUCAAGCUGUUUUUAUUUUUUCUGGCUCUGACUUUCAGUGGGGUUGUACAAAUAGGUUUGCAGUAUUUGGUGUGGUGAUGUGAGAACCCGCUUUAUUUUCAAUUCUCAGAGUGAUGGAGGAAACCCAGAUACUUUUCAGAUUACAACCCUACUUUGAGACUCCAGCUGCUCAGAGCAGUCAAAGCAGGAACUGCUGCAGGGGGUAAAAUAGACACCAGCUGGGGCCAGUGCUCCCAGGUGUGUAGACUUGGGGAAAAACUCGAGGAAGGAGCCAUACCCAGACACAUUGUCGUAAGAGCAGCUAAAGCAGGGACCUUCAGAACUUUCUCUCUCCCCUGUGCUUAUUGGCUCUUUGCUCCAAUCCUCUUCCCCCUCCCUAACAAUUUGCCUUUCACCUCAGAUUCACACCUGCCCUGUCCCCUUCUUUCCAGCUAGCUUAUCCCCCCUCCAAAAAAAAAAAAAAAAAAAUCAUGGCUGUUUGCAGCCAUUACAUUGUUCACUCAGUUGUAUUGCUACCCCCAUCCUGUGUCUGUUUAGAUUGUAAGCUUUUUAGGGGAGGGAUUAUCUACUACUCUUUUUACACAGGGAGGCCUGAUUCUCGGUUGGGUCUUAGGCUUUACUGUAGUAAACAUUCUUUCAUAUUAAUAGGGGGAAAUUAAAUCUACUUCAUUCCAUGGCAUGAAUGCACUAUAAUAUUUGUAGAGUUCUACUUAAAUAUUGAAUGCUGUGGUAUUCCUUUACAUAUACAGUGCUCACACUUUUAUUCUUAAUCCUUUCAUUGCCUUCCACUUAUGGAAGCUAACUUUAGACCCACCUUAGAACUGUUCCUCCUAGUACUGUUGGUCUGUGUAUAUGACUUCUGUUGCUAGUAGAAUGCAUGGUACAAGUCAGCAACUGGCAUGCUCAGUGUUCAUAGAAUAUCAGGGACCUCAGGAGGUCAUCCAGUCCAACCCCCUGCUCAAAGCAGGACCAAUCCCCUAUAGUUGCUCCAGAUCCCUAAAUGGCCCCCUCAAGGCUUGAACUCACAACCCUGGGUUUAGCAGGCCAAUGCUCAAACCACUGAGCUAUCCCUCCCCCCAACCCCCGUGUUGCAAUUGCGCAAUGAUUUUGUUCAGGUCUUAAAGUGCAAACUAAAGAUGCCGCUCUUCAGACAGGAUCUUUCUUAGGAAAGGAAACAUCUGCAAGAAUAAACAGGAGGUGCAGCUGAAUAAGAGUUUCUUUAACCAGAGGCAGUGGAAAGUGCUGUUACUUCCAAGUCUCCAUUUGUAUUUUGUACACUGCAGAAUAAGUCUAGCUGUACACUUGGGACAUUUCCACAUAAUGAAUAACCAAAUUUUUAAAAUGGGAGAAAAAGUCUUUGGAUAAAACCAUUGCCACAACAUUUACAUAAUACUAAAAACAAGCCAAGCUUUAACGGUGCUUGCAUGUGAAAUAAGAUGACUGGUCAAAUUCACACCUGCUUUUUUUUUGUGACUCAAUCCCUAUCAAGUAGUUGAUUUUAAAUGAAUUUUGAAUUGAUCUGUAGGGUAGGAAUGUUACAUUAUGAACACCAGCAUUGAUUACCUCCCUCGGCCAGCUUUAAGUUAUAAGGCAGACAAUCCUGCACCACAGUCUGUUUUGAACUUUCUGUUGCUAACUAGGCCAGUUUUUAAUGUUGUGGAUUGUUUAAAAGGUGAACUGGAGAAAAGGCAGCACACUGUCACUACUUUCUUUAUUGUAAAAUUAAUAUCGAGCUUGUACAUUCAGCCUAAUUUUAAGCACACACUUUUUUUGUUCUUUAUAUUAUGUGGUAAUAAAAAUACUUGUAUUAAAUUUAGAUGUAACCUUUUAUUAAUCUAUAUUUUCAGAUUAAUUUACAGGCACAAUAGAAUCCUAGUCUUGAAAAUAAACCAAUUACUACAGUUUGAACUAUGCAAUGCUUUUUUCCCUACCACAGAAAUAAUUAAGAUACUCUAAUCUGUACUGUACACUGUAUAAGAAAUUGCUAGUAUUGUAUAAUUGAUUAUAUUGCAACAUGUAUACCAUAAUAGCCAAUACUUGAAUUCUGCCUCCCUACUCCUUUUGAGUAUUUCCUUACUGUUUAAUUUAAAUGAGACUAUUUGUAGAGUAAGGUAUGGGGGGGAGGAAAGAACAGAAUCCUGUCUUGCCCUAAACGUAUGUUAAAACAAACACUGGCAAUAACUGUUCACAUUACAGUAAACAGAUUUCCUCUAGGGGCCCUAAUGUUCCAGCUCAGCUCAUAGGUAUUCUGUCUUACGCCCAGCAGUUUGGAUAGAAAAUAGAAACAAUGAGAUCUGUCCGUUUAAAACGAAGCUGUAAUAGCUCUUUUGUUCUUUCCUGUGAAGCUUACCUUAUGGGUGGGUUUUUUACCACUUUGUUUUUGUCACAUCCCUUUCCUAAUUUGAUGAUGUUUGCAUUUCACUGUUUCUCAAAGCAAUUUCCAAUUGCAAAAUGUAAGGAUCAUGCCAAAUGCAUGACAACCAAGAUAGUUUUGUUGGAGAGGCUUCAUCACAAUGCUAAACAGCAGCUGAUUCACCAGAGAUUUAAUAGUAAAUUAUUUAAAUAUGUUAAAGACACGCCUUAUUCCUAAGAAUUUGUUUUUAGAGCUAUGAUCAUCCUGACUUAUUUCUCUAAGACCAACACCAGAGGGCAGGCACUAGAAACUACAAUACAUGUGAGUAAAAUCCAGAACAGCUUUCACUAAAUUACAUUUUGAUACAUUUCAAAUUUACUCUUGCAGAGUCUGGUGUGGCAAGGUUCUGAGCACCCUUAGAUCUUAUUCUGGGAAAGUGAGAGUACUCAAGAUGUCACAGGAUCACAUCUUUCGUGAUUUUAAAUCAAUCUCCUGUUGUACAUGAUCUAAAGUAGAUUGAAAUGGACAGAAACAUUUUAGGGUUCCUGACUAGAUGGGCAAUUGCACAAGUUUUCUGUGCUUUUGCAUCUGUAGCAAUAUUUCAUAGACAGAAUUAACUCUUCCUUCUUUGUUGUCUUAAUUAAAGUGAGCAAACUGGGUUGUAAUGCUCUUAAGAACAGAUCUAAAUUUAUUCUACAUUUUUAUAUACUUGUUGACCAAACCCCUUUUUUUUUCCCCACUGAUCAUACAUUUCCCACCACAGUAUAAUAUAAUGAAACAUGAUUAAAGUUUCAGGAUUAGGUAUGUGCAGCUGUAAAAGUGUUUGUGAAACUUCUCUGUAUAUUAUAUUGGCUAUUUAAGGUCUUGCCAGUACUGUGACACAACGUUGUACAUACAAUACAUUCUUCUCACCUUCCCCUUUUGAAAUAUUUCUGUAUGAUAUUUGCAAUAAAUGUUUAACACUGA